AUGUUGAUGCCUGCAAAACGACCACGGUUGGAGAGACGCGCAACCACAGACCGCCGGAAUGGCAUGCGGAAUGGACGCGGACGACCUAUGAAACAAUUCAAUGAGCUCAAGCCUUCGCGCAAAGAUCGAACCCUACAAUCGAGCAUCAUACACAAACAGCUCACCGCAGAAAUCGAAACUCCGAAGGAGGCAUCAGCUCUCGAGUUAUUGCCGGUCGAAAUCAUUGAGCAGAUCUUCUUCGAUUGCUUGGAACUGAAUCUCCCUAGGGCGUCGCCACAUCUCGCCCGAGCUCUCUCCAGACGCUCAAUCUAUUCUGCACUCGUUUUGUUCGCCUAUUUUGAGGUAGACUCAUCGAGUUAUGUCGAGACUCGCCAUUUCUUGCCAGCUGCAUUCAGGGUGAUUGGGUGUGACAACCAGAGGCGUCUACAAGAAGACAUUCUGAGGACUAGAUGGUGCACGUUGGACCUCCUUCAAUCUUGCAUGCCAGCUCUAGCCAGAUUGACCAUGCUUAGGCUAUGGCACCGUCAAAAAGAAAAAAUUGACCGUGCCAAAGAAGAAACGAUAGCAGAAAGAACUGACAACCAGGAGUCUUUCGGGAACGGCAUCGUACUACCCGAUUUCGAUUCCAUUCUCCCGGCACUUGACGACCAAUCCAGCAUGGAAAAGUAUUUCAGUCUCGAGGCAGCCAUGCUACCAAACGGGCAACAAGAUCAGACGGCAUCAUCCGAGACUUCAAAUGAAUAUCUCAAUUCAUUUAUCGAAACUUCACCUGACUGGGCCAUCCAACGACCAUGGACCAGCCACCAUCUUCUUCCCACUUGGACGACAAAGAGUAUAUUCGCGGUAUACGUCAUCCCAGAUAACAUUGUGCUCCGCAAACCAUGGACGGACACAAACAUGAAAUUACUUCGGCUGUUGAUCCAAGGCAUACGACCUGAAGGUCUCGGCGACCAGGGAGUUCCAUCGUUUCAAGCAAUGUGCGACGGCAUGGCGAAUGCUAUUCAAGAGGGUAACGUGAAAGCCCUGCGCGUGCUGGUUAACCUAAAUGACACAAUCGGGAGGGCGGGUCAAGCUCUACCCUUAAGCUUGCUCCACUUGGCUUGUCAGCAGCCUACUUUACCGGUACACCUUCAGUGCCGCAUAAUGCUGCAACUCCUGAGAAACCCCGCCACAUGCGCCAAGAUUGUUGCCGCGGACGACGAGAUACUCCUGCGUUGGGCCUUACGUACUGCGAGCUCUUCACCAGCAGCGCAUCAUGUGCCGAUAGCAAGGGCCGUGCUCCUAGCCAUGGGAAUGAAGACACAAUGA